AAUACAUUUGAUUUCAACUAUAUACAUACAAUAACGUUGGGACUCAGCUAUGGACCUUUAUCGCGAGUACUGUGGAUUGAAUUACUUUUUUGGAUUGCUUAGUGUCUUGUCCCAUAGUUAUUUGAUCGGAUGCAAUGCCAAUGGAGUUCUGGCGGAAGGGCAAUCUGGGUCAGGAACGAAUAAAGAAAAGGUGGAAUAUGGGAUAAAUUAUACAUACAGCGACUUAAAACUUAGUUGGGAGAAGGCCAAUGCCACAUGCUCGAUGCAUAAUGCAAGUUUGCUGGAUUUUGCAGACGAAGAGGAUAUGCUUUAUCUCACAAAUUUUACAGGCAAGCUUUGGAUCGGCCUUAAAAAGACCGCCUCGGAAUUAAUUCCGGCAAAUAAUACGGACGAGUAUUUAGAGCGCGAGGUGUGGCCUUGGUGUUAUUUUGGCGACCACGAUGCCAAAGGUAUCAGGAAGCGUGGUAACUGCGACAGGUUUCUUCCAUCCAUAUGUGUAAAACGAAAAUAUGAAGAGAGUUGUGACGAGGGCUGGGAGAUGAAUGAUGAAUAUUGCCAUCUUAAUGUUUAUUCCCUAAUGACCUGGUUUGCGGCAUUCUCUCACUGUCUGGCAAAACAGAGUGAAAUGUAUGUGGAGAGCGUACACGGGAAUUCUAGUGGCGCAACGAUGACUAAGAAACAAUAUUGGAUUGGUGUAGCAGAAAGACGGCUGCCAAAGCCCAUCCUGGGUUGGCAAUGGGCAAACGAUGAGCCGCUACAAUGGGGCAAAGAAAAGAUCGUGGUAUUAAACUAUGGGUGUCCGGGAUGUGGCUUCGUGCGAAAUCGAACUCUCCAUUUAAACCGAUGUUUCAACUACUUAUUUAUUUGCGAUGGAGACUCGCCAUCAGUGUAUCAAGACAAACAAAGUAAAUUGUCUACAUGGGAAGACGCUGUGUUAAAAUGUAAAAGAAAGUAUGGCAACAACAGCUCGUUAUUUCCAUCAACCCUUCAAUUUCGGGAAACGUUGGAUAAACUAUAUGAUAACGGUUCCAUUAAAUUCAACGAAAACUACCUGAUCGGGCUAAAAAAGAUAAAUUCCAGUGAGAAAAGUUGCAUCACUACGGUCAUUAGUACACAGACAAAUAUGACGGAGUUUCGCGUGAGAGAAUGUUCUAGUUUUCCUUGCUCAGCACCCGAAAUAUCACGAAUCCGGCAAGGAGACUGUGACUCUCGCCACCAUCCAGUUUGCGUGAAAGAUGCCAAGAAUGAAAGUAACGAUUCACAGUCCUGUGGGCCGUCGUGGGAAGUAAGAAUCACGGAGACGGGGAAAAAAUGUGUUCGAGUGUUCACAAAGGUCCACAUGCGAUGGCUUACAGCUUAUAUGUUCUGCCUAGGGCAGGGUGGUGAACUUUUACCGUCGAACAUGGUCCACCUCUUUAAUUAUUAUAACAGGACGGGCUUGUCUGGGAGAUGCUGGGUGAACGAUUAUAAAUCCUUCUUACCCCAGGAUCCGCUCGAAGGCUGGAAGUGGCCUAAUGGCAGUCUAUUGAAUGUUUCCUAUAACUGGGGGCUAGCCGCAAGACUACAAGACAUUAAAAAAGAAAGAAGGACUGGGUGCGCUUAUGUACGUCCAGAACAUCGCAUUUGGGAGCAAUCUCAAUGUUCAGCUUCUCGCCCUUUUAUCUGUAAGAAAAAGGUUAGUAUUGCCUUUUGA